AUGGGAAAUUUUAGACGCAAUAGAUGUGAUAGUGAGAAAAGUUGUCAUAGAGGUCAUUGGAGACCCGCUGAAGAUGAACAACUCCUGCAGCUUGUUGCACAAUUUGGUCCCAAGAAUUGGAAUAUUAUUGCGCAACAUCUUGAGGGAAGAUCAGGGAAAGGCUGCAGACUGAGAUGGUACAACCAACUUGAUCCUAAUAUCAACAAAAAGCCAUUUACAGAAGAGGACGAAGAGAUGCUCCUUACUAAUCAUCGGAUUCAAGGAAACAAAUGGGCUUCUAUAGCUAGGCUUUUCCCUGGAAGAACCGAUAACGCUGUCAAGAACCACUACCAUGUUAUCAUGGCAAGAAGAAAAAGAGAAAAAUUGUUAUCCUAUUGCAACAGAACUGACCAGAAGGGAAAUCCUGAUCACUCAAACAUAAACAUUAGUGGCAAAUUUGAAAGGUUUUUGAUCAGGCCUCAACCAAAGUGCGAAGACUCUAAGUUAGGCCGGGUUUGCAGGUUUCAAGUCACUGACAGACAGGGUUUCACGUUACUAUCUUCUUCAAGCUCAUCACAACCUUCUUCGUUGAGUGGAUGUGGAUCAACAAUCUCAAACGAUUCGUCAGGUUAUGCCAGGGCAAGCAAUCAGAAUCAAUUUGCAAACAAAGAGUGCGAUAGUUGCAUUGGAUCUCCAAAGGCUGUUCAUCUUCAGCAUUCAUUCAGAUUCUCAAAUUUUGCUAAUGGUUUUGGAAGUGAAGGUGAAAACUCCAGGGGAGGCUUAGUGGAGUUCAAUGAUAACCCAUCUGCACUAUGGAAUCUACAUAUAGUUUCUGGGGAAAAUCAAGGAGUAGGAUCAAUGAAGCACAAGGAUGUUUCCUUGAUAGACUUUCUUGGUGUCGGAAUCUCUUAA